AUGACACUGAAGCACACAAACAUGGCUUUUACAAAGGAAACAGGGAAGUGCCGCGAUGAAUUCCCUCUCUUUAAACCUGUUCUUACUUGCACCGUAUCUGGUGGCCGUGGAAUACCGAGGUCUGGCGAGGAAGAGGGGGGGGCAGUGGGCAGCGUCUGUGAUGAUGGGAUACGCAAGAGUAGAGCAUGUAUAUCUUUAGGAUCCAAGACCCGAGCCAUUGGGAAUGCAGCAAAGAGCCAGAUUGUCACAAAUGUAAAAAAUGCAUUACAUGGUUUCAAAAAACUGCAUGGAAGAGCAUUUGAAGAUCCUUACAUACAAGCUGAGAGGGCCAAACUUCCCUAUGAACUUCAGAAGAUGCCUAAUGGCUCCGUGGGAGUAAAGGUGAGAUACCUUGAUGAAGAGAGACUUUUUGCAGUUGAACAGAUUACAGGAAUGUUAUUGGCCAAACUGAAAGAGACUUCAGAAAGUGCUUUGAAGAAGCCAGUGGCAGACUGUGUAAUCUCAGUCCCUAGUUUCUUCACUGAUGCUGAAAGAAGGUCUGUAAUGGCAGCUGCGCAGAUUGCAGGAUUAAAUUGUCUGAAGCUGAUGAAUGAAACUACCGCAGUUGCAUUAGCCUAUGGAAUAUACAAGCAAGAUCUGCCAGCCUUGGAAGAGAAGCCAAGAAAUGUGGUCUUUGUAGAUAUGGGACAUUCUGCAUAUCAGGUUUCCAUCUGUGCUUUUAACAAGGGAAAACUGAAGGUCUUGGCUACUACCUUUGACCCUUUUGUAGGUGGUAGGAAUUUUGAUGAGGCUUUGGUAGACUACUUCUCUGAAGAAUUUAGGACAAAAUACAAACUGAAUGUAAAAGAGAAUCCGCGAGCACUGUUGCGAUUGUAUCAGGAAUGUGAAAAGCUCAAGAAGCUUAUGAGUGCAAAUGCUUCUGACCUUCCACUCAAUAUUGAGUGCUUCAUGAAUGACCUUGAUGUCUCCAGUAAGAUGAACAGAGCUCAGUUUGAGCAAUUGUGUGCUGCCCUUCUGGCCAGAGUGGAGCCUCCUCUAAGAGCAGCCAUGGAUCAAGCAAAACUUCAGCGUGAAGAUAUCUACAGUAUAGAAAUAGUAGGUGGGGCUACUAGAAUUCCAGCAGUGAAGGAACAGAUCUCUAACUUUUUCUGUAAAGAGAUAAGCACCACACUAAAUGCUGAUGAAGCUGUUGCAAGAGGCUGUGCCUUGCAGUGUGCAAUUCUUUCCCCAGCUUUUAAAGUGCGUGAGUUUUCCAUCACAGAUGUUGUUCCUUACUCUGUAACAUUGAGAUGGAAAUCAUCUUAUGAAGAAGGAACAGGGGAGUGUGAAGUCUUCAGUAAGAACCAUGCUGCUCCAUUCUCAAAAGUAAUUACUUUUCACAAGAAAGAGCCUUUUGACCUGGAAGCUUAUUAUACUCAUCCGCAUGAAGUGCCUUAUCCUGAUUCCAGAAUAGGGCGUUUCACUAUUCAGAAUGUUGGUCCCCAACCUGAUGGCGACAGUUCAAAAGUGAAGGUGAAAGUGCGUGUCAAUAUCCAUGGCCUUUUCAGCGUGGCUAAUGCUUCCAUAAUAGAGAAGCAGAACAUAGAGGGGGAUCACAACGACACACCCAUGGACACUGAAUCAUCAAGUAAGAACCAAGGCAGAGAUGAAGAGCUGGAUAAAAUGCAGGUUGAUCAAGAAGAAGGUGUGCAAAAAAGUCAAGCUGAACAACAGAACCAAGCAGAUGAGGAAACUGAAAAUGCUGGAACCGAAACAAAAGCUUCUUCUGGAGAAAAGCAAGAUCAUCUAUCCCAGCCAAAGGCUAAAACAAAAGUUAAGAGUAUUGACCUCCCUAUACAGGCAAGCCUCUAUAGGCAACUGGGACAAGAUCUAAUCAAUUCCUAUAUAGAAAAUGAGGGGAAGAUGAUGAUGCAAGACAAGCUUGAGAAAGAAAGAAAUGAUGCUAAGAAUGCUGUUGAAGAGUAUGUGUAUGAAUUCAGAGACAAGCUGUGUGGAGUCUUUGAGAAAUUUAUCACUGAAGAAGAUUCAAACAAGCUGACCUUGAUGUUGGAGGACACCGAAAAUUGGCUUUAUGAAGAUGGAGAGGACCAGCCAAAACAAGUAUACAUGGAUAAGCUUCAGGAACUAAAAAAAUUUGGACAGCCUAUUCAGGAAAGAUGCAUGGAACAUGAAGAGAGACCAAAAGUUCUAAAUGAACUGGGAAAGAAGAUUCAGCUCCUUAUGAAAGCAGUAGAAGCAUACAAAAAUAAGGAUGAAAAAUAUGAUCACCUAGAUCCUGCUGAGAUGGAAAAAGUUGAAAAAUACAUCAAUGAGGCUAUGAAUUGGUUGAACAGCAAAAUGAAUGCCCAGAAUAAACUAAGUCUGACUCAGGAUCCAGUUGUGAAAGUGGCAGAAAUACUGGCAAAAUCUAAGGAAUUGGAUAGCUUCUGUAAUCCCAUUAUAUACAAGCCCAAACCGAAGAUAGAACCUCCCAGUGAUGGGCAGUCAAAAGCUAAUGGUGAACACAACGGACCAGUGAACGGACAGAGUGGUACUGAAACAAAACCUGAACCAGCAAAGGACAACCCUCAGCAGACCAAACCCUCUGGAGAAAUGGAAGUGGACUAAAUUUUGCAUUUCUUUUACUUAAUUAAAAUAGUGCAAGUAACCACAGGGUCCAUUCUUUUUGUCUGGUACACACCUCAGAUGUUCAGUUAUUCUUAGCCAAACUUCUGUCAUUUGUUGAUGAGUAGUUUUGAAAGUGUUUUAUAUUAAGUACACCUCUGAUGUUCAUUUCCACUGAUGCUGCUUAUGUGGAGCUUUAGCCAAAUGUAGAUUGUAUAAGUCAGUUUAAGCUUUCCUGAUAUAUUUUAUAUCAAACAUACAGAAUUGAUAUAUAAAUGGCAACAAUCUACCUUAUUUAAAGCUUUUAUUGUGAAUAAACCUCAGCUCCUUUAUUCAGGAAAGGAUACUGUAUUGCACUACUGAUGCUCAAGUGUAGAUCUAAUCGCAUCAUUAUUUUGGAAAAAUAUUGGAAUUGAAGUGGCAAAAGCUGUCACUUGAAGCACUGACCUUUUCUAGUUAUUGUAUUGUUAUAAUUUAAAUAUUAAAAUAGAGGUUAGUUGGCAUACCAGUCGAUCUUGUUGAUGUACCAUGGGAAUUGUAUGGUCUUUUUCAUAUAAACUGAAUAAUACAAGCUUAAAUGUGUUUCUUUUUUUAGGUUCCCGUACCACUAACAAUCUUAGUUACAAACAGCUCCAGUAUAGUGGCUCUGCCAUGUGCUGAAAUUCAUGGUCUUGGUGCACACCGCUGUACAUAACGUACUGUGCUUAUGAUAGGAUGAUGCUAAUGAUAAUAGGAUGAAAGGUUAGAAUUCACAAGGCCUGUUGUGUAGCUUUCCCUUGAAAAUGUCUUAUUGCACUUGUUACUAUUUCCACUUCUUUUGUUUUGAAUUAAAUUUACAUCGUGUCUCAUGCUGGGAAGGAGAAACAACAGAAAUGGUGCUGCACAAGCUGGAUAUCAGCACCCUGAUUUUGAGGUUGCUUAAAUGCUGUUUAGUGCAGUCUUGAAAGAAAUGCUGAGAACUUAUUUAAGCCUUGGUAUUCAGCAUGUAAAGCUUUUGGUCUAGGACCAAAACAAAAACUGGAUAUUACUACUGCAAAGAAGGAAUCUACUUGAUGAACUUGCAUAGCUUACCACUUAUUUUUGGUCAUUUAGUUAUCUAAUGAAAGUGUCUACAAUGUAUUGCUAUUUUCUUUGAUACAUUUUAAACACUGUCAGAGUCCAGUGUAUGUUCCUAUAUUCCAAAUGCGUCUGUCGGUCACCAAGGUACUGUAGCACUUGCUAGAGCCAGUCACUGUUGACUUCAAACAGCUUCUCUAUUACCAGAAUGGGAAUGGGCUACUUUAACUAUGAAAAGUGGUUUCUGAUUCCAGCCAGCAUAAGAAACUGGGAUUAGUUGCAGUGUAAUGCUUCGGUGACUUGAACUGUGUUGCAGAAACAAAUUUAGGUGUGUUCAGGUGUUAAUUAGGCACUCCUGCAGCAGUUCUCCUGUGUGAGGUGUUGCUGUUGUAAACAAGUGAAGAAUCAUGAUCUUGUUUCUGGCUUUGGCAGCCGUUUUAUCUCCAGCCAUGUCCUUCAUCUUCCAUCACUGUUCAUACUACAAAAAGUAAUCCAUGACCAGUAGUAGAAGUAAAUUAAACUCUCACAUAUCUUCACAGAAAAAGGAAGCACCAUUUACAGCUGUACAUAAACCUGCCAGACUAGUUCAGGUUCUAGAAUUGCAUCUUCAUGACUGACAUCAAGUGACUGAAAUGAACGUGCUUUGCUCUACUGACUGUUGCUCCUCCAUGCACUCAAGUGUGGAUGAGCUGACACCGUAAGUUUACAUAUGUAAAGUCCUUGAGCAAAAACAGUGACCUUGAAGAGCUGCUCUGCAGCCACUCCGCAACCUCAGUCUUGAAUUCUGCCACUCAAGUCACACCUCUGGCACUGAGGGGGUGACUGUACUUCAGCAUCAGUUGUCCUAAGUUUAAGUCAGUAAUGACUGAGCUAGCUUUGGUCCUGUAGGCUUUUAACAUCAUUAAUAUCUUUUUGACUUUUACCACAGCAGUGUAAUGAGUAGCAUUCUUAAGUAUUGGCUUAAAAUCCAUCUACACAUUAAUUUGUCUAGUAGACUUCCUGAUGCCUGGCAGAAGAGCUCACACAGCAGAAAUCUGUGCAAGAAUAGAGUAUCUUCUGCUCAUGGUCAUCAGAAGCUUAAUACUACAUUAGAAAUGUUUGAAGCAAUUCUUAGGAUAAGGUCUAGAACAGCACGCUUAAAAGCAGAUAUGGUUCAGACAAACAAUUGUAAAGUUUUCUUACUAGGAUAGGGUUUUUUUGCUGUGCAUCUGGUCUGUCUCUAGAUCCUUGGUGAAGAGGAAUGCUGCCCACAGACUGCGAACAACAACUGGUUGCUGAGGUACAUGUUAGGAAUCCCUUUGAGAAGGGCAGAGUUGUUCUUUCCACGGUGAGCUUCACAUUAAAAUAUGAUUUGUUAAUAUGUAAUCUGUUUUCUGUUACAAAGAGGAGAUUUUACCAAGGCAGAUCUAAGAUUAAGUACUUACAUAAGCUAUGCACAACUUGAAUGUGAGGCUUUGUGUGUCAGACUCAAAAAGUGAGUUACCCUGUGGCUACUCUGACAGCACCAGAAUGACUAUCUUUGCAACAUAAAAUUUGUUAGAAAACCAACAGUAGUGUGCUACUCUGCAUCUGGGAUAUUUUAAAAGCAAGUACUUGUCAAUAAUGUCUUAUUUGAAACUUUCUGCUGAGGGCAAGAUGCAUCUUGAAUGUUUGAAAAUGUUCCCUUAAACAUUUGAAAAUGUUUUCAUUUUGAAACAUCCCACAAAAACAAAAAAAAAAUGAAGUGACACUAUCUUUGUAAAGGCAGUAGAGUUUGUUGGUUUUUUUUUAAAUUACAGUAAUCACAUAGUUACAAACCAGCAGCAAUACUUUGUUUCAUUUUACUAAUAAGAUCUUUCUUUCAAGAGGACUGAUUCUCUCCUGUAUGGACCUUUAAUGGACUUAUUCAAGAAAUGGCUUUAAAAUAAUUUGUGUUAAUUUUCUUUACUAAACUAAGUUGCUGCUAGCUAUUGUGCAACUGAUUCAUGGGUUCCUUUCCAUGUUUUUUAUUAUAGUACUUCAGAAUUUCAGGAGUUGCUUCAAGAUUCAUGCAGAUGUAAGAAACAGAUUUUUAACUAUACAUUUAAGUUAAACUUUUAUACAGUUCUUUCUUUAAGCUGCUGCUCCAUGACAAAAUACCCCACUAGGAGCUGCCUGCCUUGUUUGGUCUGAAUUUGAAUGUGUCUGCAUUUGAAUAAAGACUCCUCUCCCUUGCUUGCUCCUGGCAGUGCCCUUCUUCCAGUGUUUAAAUACUGCCUUUGGGGCAUGCUUGCAAAACUUGGAGAGGGCAGUUGAGAGAAUCCUCAAAGACUCUUUGGGUGAAAAACCCACUUGCCUCACAAGAUCAUGUGGUAGCACAAGGUGCCCCUGUCUCUGGUAUGGCAGCAUGCGACAGGAACCGCAGUGACUGGAGUGCAACUGCAGCGUACUGUAUACCUUGUAGUGUGUGGGAUGAAGGUUUUGCUUCUUCCAUGCAAAAUUAGAAGCUGUUGAUGUAAAGCAUCCACUCUGUUGGUAGGAUUCCUUUGUAUCUUCAACAUUUGAAAUUCUGUAAUAUUUUUAAAGAUCUCAGUGUGCUGAACUCCCACCUCUGCUACACUUGUUACACUGUUCUUCAGUAUUCUAUAUUUGAAGUGGGAAUUUUCCUGUAAGGAUUAUGUUGAAGCGUAAUUUCAGGAAACAAGCAAGGAGCUGGCAGGAGACUUUUCUUCCUAUGUAUUUUUCGACACCAGUGUGAAAACUUUACAGCCUUAACAAACCUUGGCAUCUACACUUCUCAGAGCUCUGUCAAAGCAUCAAAACAUGAAGCUGUGUUGCAAAUGUGCUGCAUUUGCUGGUUCAAAGCACCUACCCAGUUGCUGUAGGAAAAGAUGCUAAAUUCAAUUCCCAUAGAUUAGUGCCAUAGGACUUUCACUGCUGUGUAACCACACUGUAAUACUUCAAUACACUGACUUCUGUGAGCCCUUCUAAAGUGAAGCCCAGAUGCCCAACCUUCAGUUGUGGAUCAGUAUUAAGGUCUGCAUGUUCUAAGGAUGCUUACAUUAACUGCCACUAGCUGAGUUUAUAAGUGGAUGGAGAAAUAUUCUGGGUUUUGUUACUUGUAAGUUUUCUAGUCUUUCAGGCACCAGGAGACAUAACCUCUCUGUCAAAAGAGGUAGUAAAAAACAUGUUGCUUAACAAAAGGUGUUAAAUGCCUCAUAAAUUUUAAGUUCAGCUCCCAAGAUAGCAUUUGGAGUAUAAACAAAAGCUCUCAGUAGCUAGAGACUGUGUGGUGGCUGACUCUUAGCUGAAUUCUUAAUUCUCCAGAGCUGAAAUUUGAAGACUUCAACCACUUCCUACACAUGUAAAUAACAGUGAAAACAACAAAAUGUGACUAUUAGCACUGCAGAAUACUAAACCAGGAAUGUGCUCAAUGUGAUUUCCCUAAUACAGAUGCUAAACUGUGUUUUCCUUCUUUCCUGGUCGAAAGGAAAUAAUUUCAAGCAGUGAAAACCAGGAAUCAUUGCAUUGAAAUCGAUGAAGAAUCAUUUUAAACAAAAAUGUAGUUAAGAGCUAUACCCACCAGCCACCUUUACAAAGUGUUGAAAUGGUUUAUUUAAGUUGAUUUUAAAAGGUGGUACUCUCUGAAUGUUGCUUAGUUGGAAAAGUUUGUUUACAAAGUCUAUAAACAUAUCUCCACAGGUUGAAGGGGGAGGAGAUGGAGGUGUCAGAAUUUAAAGCGGUGUUAAGGUAUGCAAAAUGUUUACUAUGUAUGUAAAUGGGAUUAUUAGUAGAUCAUGUGCAAAUUGACAAUACUUCAAUUUAUUUUUGAAUGGCAAUAUAGAUUGUCAAGGUUGUGUAUAAUUAUAAUAAAUAUAUAAGCCGCUACUUGAACCAUAAA